CAUGUCCAGCCCGGAGCCCCGGCGCAGCGGGGACGGCGCCGCCCAGGCCGCGAGAGAAACAAGAGCAGAGGCUACGUCUCCUCUUCAGGAGGAGAGCUCUGACUCCCUGUAUGAGGUGGGCAUCUGGAACCCAGAAGUUACUCUGUCUUUGGAGGGGACCUUGAACUUAGAGGACAUUCUCUACCUGGGGGACCCAGGUAACCUUGAUGAGGCCCUGUAUGUGGAAGAGACAGAGAUGCCGGAGGAGACACUGUAUAUUGAGGAGGCCAGGCCACCAGAUGAAGCCCUGUACGUGGAAGAGUCAGUGAAGCCCGAGGAGACGGUGUGUGUGGAGGAGCCCGCGGAGCCAGGAAAGACCACAAGCCCAGAGCAGGUCAUUUAUGGGGGCGAGACUGCCCCAAGUGAGGAGAAACCUAACCUGGAGGAGAGCCUCAGAGCCGGGCCAAGUCCCAGCACAGAGGGAAGCCUGAGCAUAGAGGACCUGGAAUUGCUGGAGGGGCGUUUCCAGCAAUGUGUCCAAGCCGUGGCCCAGCUGGAAAAGGAGAGGGAUCAGCUCAUCCACGAGCUUGUGUUGCUCCGAGAACCAGCCCUACAGGAGGUGCAGCAGGUCCACCAGGACAUCUUGGCUGCCUACAAACUGCACGCCCAGGCAGAGCUGGAGAGGGAUGGGCUGAGAGAGGAGAUCCGGCUGGUCAAGCAGAAGCUGUUCAAGGUGACAAAGGAAUGUGUGGCCUACCAGUACCAGCUGGAGUGCCGACAGCAGGAUGUGGCCCAGUUUGCCGAGCUCCGGGAAGUGCUGACCGCACGGGCAGCCCAGCUCUCAGAGGAACUGGCCCAGCUCCGGGAUGCCUAUCAGAGGCAGAAGGAGCAGCUACGGCAGCAACUCGAAGCACCUCCAAGCCAGAGGGAUGGGCGUUUCCUCCAGGAAAGCCGACGGCUCUCUACCCAGUUUGAGAACCUCAUGGCAGAGAGCCGUCAGGGCCUGGAGGAGGAGUAUGAGCCUCAGCUGCUGCGGCUCCUCGAGAGGAAAGAAGCCGCAGCCAAAGCGCUACAGAAGACCCAGGCCGAGAUCCAGGAGAUGAAGGAGGCUCUGAGACCCCUGCAAGCAGAGGCCAGGCAGCUCCAUCUGCAAAACAGGAACCUGGAGGACCAGAUCACCCUUGUGAGGCAAAAACGAGACGAGGAGGUGCAGCAGUACAGGGAACAGCUAGAGGAAAUGGAAGAACGACAGAGGCAGCUAAGAAGCACGGUGCAACUCCAGCAACAGAAGAACAAAGAGAUGGAGCAGCUAAGGAUCAGCCUUGCUGAAGAGCUCUCAACUUAUAAGGCUAUGCUACCAAGGAGCCUGGAACAGGCUAACCCUCCCACUUCUGAGGCAGGGGGAAUUGAGACACAGUCACAAGGUGAUCCUUGUGGGCUUAAGAGUGGUGUUUGCGUUGGUGCUGCUAUCCUAACCUAACAAUACUAAUGCCUUAAAAAAAAAAGUGUCUAAUGACAAGUAAGGAUAUCCCAAUUAGGGAUUAACACAUACCUUCAAAUGGCCCAUUGCAGGCAUUCAGGGUUCAUUUGUUAUGUUGUAACUUUUAGUAGGACUCAAAAUAUGCCCUAAUUAUCACCAGGAAACCUGGAAGAGGAUAAAACAUCUAGGCUCUGCAGUCUUACUUUCCUCACCCUAUCUGACCCUCUCUGCUAUUCAUAAAGUUUCCUUAGAAUAGCAGAGAAGGCAGUUAUGCUACCAAAUUCAGACUAUGACAAAGGAAGCCAAGAAGGCUAAGUUAAUUUGCUAAAUAGUCAUUAAAAAAGCUGAAGAGGGUGUUGUUGAGAUUGAAGGACGACAGUAUUGCUUAAUUUGUGAAACAAGCAACACAUCUAUCCAUCAAUUUCUUUACAUACCAAUUAUGUUUUCAUAUUCCUUAUAAAGUCCUAUAUUCUCUUGGAUAAAUAAAGUUAGGAUUAGAAAGUCCAAGCUGGAUACUAGAUAAAUGUCCAUAAAUUAAAAUUUCCUAAUUAAUCCUAUAUCUUGAACACAAAUUCACAAAUAACAAUUUUUUUAAAGCUUUAAAAAUUAAAAAAAAAAUCUUAUUUAAAAAAAAAUUUUUUUUGGAGGGAGGUAAUUGAGUUUAUUUUACUGUUAUUUUUAAUGGCAGUACUGGGAAUUGAACCCAGGACCUCGUGCAUGCUAAAAGCACGCACUCUACCACUAAGCUUUAACACCUUCCCCGCAAAUAACUAUUAUAACUCAUGCUUUCCCUAAUUUACUAAGAUUUUCUUUUACUGUUUUAUCCAGGCAUAACUGAUAGUCUGGGAGGUUACUAAAAACUUGUAACUGAAGAAAAUGAUCUGCUAAUUGCCUUUGUGUGGAUCAAAGUUCACAAGGGAAAAUACAAUGAUUCAUCCAAAGAAUCACAAGUACAGAAUUUCAGUUCUUGUACUACCUGUGUAAUUAACAUGGGCAGAGAAAAUUUUUAGCUAGCCCCUCCCAUCACCACCAUAGGAGAUACUCAAAUAUUUGCUGGGGGAAAAGUCAUCCCUGAUUUGAUGUCAAUCACACUCUAGCAAUCUCUCCCCAACAUGGCCUGCACUAAGCUUCAGAAGUUCAUU